UCUCGCGCAGCGAGGGGAGGUGGUGGGUCGUCAUAGAUGAGGGUGUGAUGAGUCGCCGAUCAAGGUGGCGGUGGUCAUUGCUGAUCGGAAGAGGUUGUGGGUUGCUGGGAGGAUAAGGGUGGUGAAUUAGUAAGGGUACGAUCGUCCAUUUACACCAAAUGUUGGCGGCGAUAAUCAUUUUUGUUGACGGUGUUUAACAAUCCACAAAACUAAUCCUACCAUAUAUCGAAAUCCACUAAAGCAUGAGCUAACCUAUACCUAUCCAUCAAUCACCUCUCAAUCUAAUCUAAUACUAACACCAUCACAAAACAAAACAAAACCCUAUUCAAAAUCUUAAAAACAAACCCCUUAAAAUAAAAACAAAAGCGGUGUAGCACUCACAAUCCAUAACAGCGCGUGGCUAAAAAAUGAAGUAGACUACUGUGAGACUAACUGACAGAGUGAGUGACCUUGCAGCAGCCACCCAUCAGCAAUAAAUACCUUCACUCACCUCACUCCUUCACUUCUUCUUCUCUCCUUUUUACUCUACUCCAUUACCAGAUCCUCCACUUUCUCUCUCCUCAACUUUCUCUCUCUUCCGCCAUUGCUGCGAUUUCGGUGUUCUUCAUUUCCGGAUUUCCAGGCGCAUUUUGUGGAUCUGCUGGAGGAGUUUUCGUUUUGGUGUUUGUUUUUGCUUUGGGUUUUAUUCAAUUGCGCCGAAAUCGAAGUUAGGGUUUUUUUGAAUUUGGAUUUCGGUAAAAUGUGGUGAGAUAAACCCUAAUUUCAAUGGCGUUGUUGUGUUUUCGUCGUUGUCGGUGUUGGAAUUUUGGAUGUUUAGUUCAGACAUUGCUGGAAUUUUUGAGAUGACUGUUGUUUUGAAUUUUGGACUGGAAUUGAGUGUUACUUCUGGUGGUGGAAGAUGCAACUUUCAGUGAUGUUGUUCCUCUUUGUUUCGAUGUUCUACCUUGCUGAUUUUUCUCAAGGAUUCAAGUUCGCACACAUAUACUUAUCUCCUCUUGCGCUGCCUAGCCAAUUUUUAUUUAACAGAGAAGUCUCACUGUCUGAAGCCUAUUCUGGUGAUAUAUUAUCAUCUCCAAGAGCGAAGAGAUCAACACGGAAGACUAAGCCACCUGAAGGGCCUUCAGCUUCACCCUCACCCUCGCCAUCUCCAGCAUAUCAAGGACCUUUUGCCGCUCCUCAUCAUAGACCCACCCCAAGACGUCGCGGGCAUCAUCAUAAACCUAGGCCCUACCUCCCCUCUCCACCCCCUGCGGCUGCACCAGAUUGUGGACAAACAUGCUCUGAUCCAUAUACAACUACUCCCAUUGGAACUCCUUGUGGGUGUGUGGUGCCAAUGAAAGUCAGGCUUUUGCUUAGUGUAGCUGUUUAUGCUCUCUUUUCGGAAGUAAAUGAGCUAGCAAAUGAGAUUGCAUCUGGCACAUAUCUCAAUAACUGUCAAGUCAUUAUAGUAGGUGCAACUGCUGAUUCGCAGAAUCAGGAAAGGACAGUAGUUGAUAUUAACUUGGUUCCAUUGGGCGAAAAAUUUGAUAACACCACCGCUGUAUUGACUUCUGAUAGAUUUAAGCAUAAGAAGGUUCAUAUAAAUAGAACUCUUUUUGGUACCUAUGACGUGGUAUAUGUGAACUAUCCAGGGAUUCCUUCUCCUCCGAUGGGAAGUCCAAGUGAAAUUCUUGGGGAUGGACCUCCACAAUAUCCAAUUACUGCUGAAGUUAUGAAGAAAAGGCGGAAUUUAAGUUCCAGAGUUGUGUUUGUUAUUGUUUUUUCUGCAUUGGUUCUGUUGGUGGCUUGCUUCGCAGCAAUUGCUGUGUUCAUCAAAUGGAGAAAAGCUAAGUCAUUCAAUGCAAUUGGUCCUGUAUUCACACCUUCUAUCAAUAAGAAAUCUGGUGUUGGCUCAACUUUAUCGAGCAGCAUUGCAAGCUCGACGUCCAUGUCACUGUUUGCAUCAAUUCCGACUUGUGCUCUCUCUGUAAAAGCUUUUUCACUUAUUGAACUUGAGAAGGCUACAGAUAAAUUUAGUUCAAGGAGAAUUCUGGGUGAAGGAGGUUUUGGACGCGUCUAUCAUGGCAUCCUAGAAGAUGGCACUGAGGUUGCAGUUAAGUUGCUUACUAGGGAUAAUCAGAAUGGAGAUCGUGAAUUUAUUGCAGAAGUUGAGAUGCUGAGCCGAUUGCAUCACAGAAAUCUUGUGAAACUUAUCGGUAUUUGCAUUGAAGGACACAGACGCUGUUUGGUGUAUGAGGUUGUUCAUAAUGGCAGUGUUGAGUCUCACUUGCAUGGUGUUGAUAAGUUAAAGGGGCCUCUAGAUUGGGAUGCGAGGUUGAAAAUUGCUUUGGGUGCUGCAAGAGGAUUGGCAUAUCUGCACGAGGAUUCUAAUCCUCGAGUUAUUCACCGGGAUUUUAAGGCUAGCAAUGUUCUACUUGAAGAUGACUACACUCCAAAGGUGUCAGAUUUUGGAUUAGCAAGAGAAGCAACAGAAGGAAGUCAGCAUGUAUCUACCCGUGUUAUGGGAACUUUUGGGUAUGUUGCUCCUGAAUAUGCAAUGACUGGGCAUUUGCUUGUGAAGAGUGAUGUUUACAGUUAUGGGGUUGUUCUGUUGGAGCUUCUUACUGGAAGAAUGCCUGUGGAUAUGUCCCAGCCUCAGGGACAAGAGAAUCUAGUGACAUGGGCACGGCCUCUUUUGACCAGCAGAGAAGGCGUGGAGCAGUUGGUGGACCCUGCCUUGGCUGGAAACUAUAAUUUUGACGAUAUGGCCAAGGUUGCAGCAAUAGCUUCCAUGUGUGUCCAUCCUGAAGUUACUCAUAGGCCCUUCAUGGGUGAAGUCGUACAGGCUCUUAAACUGAUCUACAAUGACAAUGAUGAGACCUGUGAAGAUUGUGGUAGUCUAAAGGAUUCUUCUGUUCCAGAUUUGGAUUCCAAGAGUGAUAUUGGACAGUCAGACAGCGGCUGGUGGAAUGCAGGUGGUGGUACACCACGUUUGAUUUAUGGACAGGCUUCAUCAUUCAUAACCAUGGACUAUAGUUCUGGUCCUCUUGACGAGAUAGAUAACAGACCAUUAUCAACUUCAAGUUUGGGUGGAGAACGGGUAUCUUUGCCCAUAACUCAUGGUAAUAGAUCUGGUCCUUUAAGAACAAUUAGAAGCAAGCCAUCAUUCUACCGAUUGAAAGGUAGUAUGAGUGAACAUGCAGGUUUCCUCUCUAGACGAGGCCGGAGUGAUGGCUUUUGGGUUUGAGGGUUUUAUAAUGCAAAAGAAAAGGUUUUUCCUAAAUGUACAGUUUGGAGGACCUGAUUGUCGCAGAAAAUGGUAUUUCAGGUUUAGCUAGGAUAGGAAUCUGGUGUUAUUGUGUAAACCAUAUUUUGAGGAAAACCAUGGUUUUCAACUUGGAAAUCAAUUCAUUACCAUACAGAGCUGGCAUUUGUAAGUCGAUUGAACCCUCUUUGAAGUAUAUAAAUUUCCAUCUUAAUUUCUUGAUGAUGUUGAUGUCCCUAA